CACAACUUCCUGACAGCAAAGCUGAUCUGACUGGUUUCUUCUCGCUAUCCUUGGCGGAUGCCAGUCUCUGCAACUUGCAGCUCUGCUUAUUCGGGGCCAAUUUUAUUAUUGCCAUGGAUGUCCUGCUCAAUCAUCUGCCGAAAGGUACUGCUUGGGAUUCUUCUUGACGUUUCUUUCAUUACUAUCUCUGUGUUGUCCUGAUUUGCCGCCGCGGGGAAACAUUGCCAUCGUCGACACAAGGGAAAUUCUGGCCAUUCGAGCCUCUCCUUCUCAUUUGCCUGGACCUAAGAUAGGCUCCACCACACCUUUUGUGACCAAAUAAUUCUGUGUUAAAGGUAAGUCGGAUAUCAUGUCCUAGCAAUUGCCUCCUACAGCACACGAUUCACUAAGGCAUCACUUCAUUACCUCGCUGCAGUUGAGCACCAUUGAUGCCCAUUUAAUAGUAAUUUCAGAGCUUGCUUGCUUUACUUCACAUACACAAUGUUCAGAUCCACCCUCGUCCGUCAAGCUGCUAAAACACUUUGUCGGUCGCCACGGCCCGCUGUGUUGGCAGCUACAGAACAGCGAUCUUUAGAUACCUUUGUCCGCUCGCUCUCAUCGACAGCUCUCCGUCUGAACAAAGACGAUGAUAUCAAGAAAGACCCCUUCCUAACAGCGACCAACAAAGCUCCUGAGGGCACAUUGGGAGAGACAGAGGGUCGUUUUGCGCGUACGGACGAGAAUGUCAAGUUUGAAUACCCUGAUGACGAGAAUAUGCCUCGGUCUCCGAUCGUUCAGGGCCGUGGUGGUAUGCAUUUCAAGCGUACACUGGCUCAGUUUUCGCUCGAGAACAGGGUUACUCUUGUGACUGGUGGUGCUCGUGGCCUGGGAUUGACCAUGUCCCAGGCAAUUGUAGCUUCAGGAUCGGAUCUGGCUAUUGUUGACUUGAAUAGAGAGGAAGCGCAGGACCAGGCCGCAAAGCUCGUGGAGCAAUUUCAGAAGGAGAACCCGGGUCUUGAAUCUGAUCAAUUGCCCACCGUCACCGCUCACUACGCCGAUGUGUCCAACCCCGAAUCUGUGAACAAUGCCAUUGCAGAAGUCAUUGAGAAGCACGGGAAGAUUGAUCACCUUGUUACCUCUGCUGGGUUUACUGAGAACUUUGACGCCAUCUCGUAUCCUUACGAUCGAAUGCAGAAGUUGUGGGGUGUUAAUGUAGAUGGGACCUAUUUGUUCGCUACCGGAGUCGCCAAGCACCUCAUGGAGCGCAAGGCACCGGGCAGCAUCGUCAUGAUAGGUAGCAUGUCUGGUGCUAUUGUUAACGUUCCCCAGCCUCAAGCCCCCUACAAUGCAGCAAAAGCCGCUGUCCGUCACCUUGCUUCUUCUUUCGCCGUUGAGUGGGCCCAGCAUGGCAUUCGCGUUAACUGUAUCAGUCCCGGAUAUAUGCUCACUGCACUUACUCGGAAAAUCCUCGAGGAGAAUCCUGAGCUCCGCGACAAGUGGAUAUCUCUUAUUCCUACCGGCAAGAUGGGUACUCCAGAGGACCUGAUGGGUGCUGUUACUUUCCUUUUGAGUGAUGCUUCCCGCUACGUUACGGGAGCUGAUCUCCGUGUUGACGGUGGCUACACUCUGACUUGAAACACAACUGACUAUUACGAUAAUACUUACUGUACGAGAUAUGAUUCGCAUAUUAUGAGAUCUUCUAGGGACCUCGCCUGUUGAUAAAAUGAGCUUGUUCAUAAUAUAAUGAGGCGUGUGAUCUAUGUAUUCUCGCGGUAUUCGGCCCGGGAUCCUUUGUUCUUCUAGCAUACAUUGUUUGUGGCAAAGAUGUCUUUUGCAAUGGUGCUCAUUGUUAAGGAAUUUAGCAUGAUCCUGAAAGAGAGAUAAUUCUGCUUUAC